AUGGCUGCGAAAUCUGAAUCGUCAAUGGGCGUAUCGGGCUUUUCCUACUCGCAAAUGGGGCGCUACGUCGUCUUGGCAGUGGUCGUGUGGUAUGCCGGCUACAAGCUGUUCACCGGUCAUGGUGAAGAUAUUGAUUUUGGCUGGUUUCUCACCAAGUCCUCGCCAUACAUGUGGGCUAAUCUUGGUAUAGCAUUGUGCAUUGGCCUCAGUGUUGUGGGUGCCGCGUGGGGUAUUUUCGUCACCGGGUCAUCGAUUAUCGGAGCUGGUGUUCGCGCGCCACGCAUCACGACCAAAAACUUGAUCUCUAUCAUUUUUUGCGAAGUUGUUGCCAUCUACGGUCUGAUUAUGGCUAUUGUUUUCUCUUCGAAAGUCACCGUCGCCUCCCCCGAAACCAUGUUCUCGAAAUCCAACUUGUACACUGGCUACUCUCUAUUUUGGGCAGGGCUCACUGUAGGUAUCUCGAACUUGAUUUGUGGUGUUGCGGUAGGCAUUACAGGUGCUACUGCAGCCGUCUCAGACGCAGCUGACUCGGCCCUAUUCGUCAAGAUCCUUGUUAUCGAAAUUUUCGGCUCCGUGCUGGGCCUCCUGGGUCUCAUCGUCGGUCUAUUGAUGGCUGGUAAAGCAGUAGAAUUUCAAUAA